UUCGUAUGCCAUCAUACGUCGAUUCGUGGUUUCGUUAUGAUCAGCGGCCGAGUGUGUGUUUCUAACCUCUAAGCUUAUUUAAAGAAUCCAAUUAUUACGAACUAUCGAAAUUAUGUCUGUAUAUCACGAUGAAGUAGAAAUUGAAGAUUUCGAGUAUGACGAGGACGAAGAAGUAUAUUACUACCCAUGCCCUUGUGGGGAUCAGUUUCAAAUCUCUAAAGCAGAAUUAGCCGCUGGUGUGGAAGAAGCCACAUGUCCUUCGUGCUCUUUGGUUAUUAAAGUAAUUUACGAUAAAGAGGCAUUUGCAACUAAACAAGAAGAACUUGUUAGGGAUGAGGAGAAACUGCUUACGACCCAAAAGGUUUGACUUACAUACGUUCAAGCUGAACAAAGUUGGACACACGAGCAAUGGCCAAAGUAUACAUAUAUAUAUAUAUAUAUAUAAUUAAUAUUAUUAUUUAUAUACAAUAUAUUUGUAUAUAAUUACCAAUAGAUUUGAAACAAAUUUUCAAAUUGUCCUUAAUUCUCUAUUAUAUUGGUUGUUAUUGUUAAAAAAUAGAACAUGUAUAAUACAAUUAUAAUAGAAAAUAACAGAGGAAGAGGAAAACUUUCCACGUCAAUCCGCACAAAAUAACGAGACUUUGCUAAAGUAGAGGUAUUGUCACCACCAGUCUGACGACUUCCACCCUUAAAGAUAAAUAUCCUCUUUUGAAGUAAAAAUAUUUGCCCUUUGAUAUUAACCCAAAAGCAAAUUAUCUGAUGGAAUGAAAAGGUUAACAAUGUGUUGUUUCUCAUAAAUAAAGGAGAUACGAAGAAGUAUUGAAAUAAGUACCAAGAUCAUCAAUAAAAGUAGUUGUGAGAGAAUGUCGAUAGAAUUGAGAUCUCAGCUGUAAAAUCAUAAAGGUCUGAAGAAGCCUAAAAAGGAAAAGGAAAAAGAAAGGAGAAGGAUGAUGGAGGAAAAGAACUAGACAAGGAAGCGAACAAGGGAAUCGAUAACGCGAAUAAUUGUAUAAUUAUUCUAAUGAUGGAGAAGGAUACCACGAUGAAAACGAUAAUUUAGAUGAUGGACCUAUUUAUUAAGAUAGUUUUUAUAAGAAUUGAAAAUUUCUCUCUGUUUUCCAUUAUUGGACUAGGAUACUUAUAAGCCGCUAAUUGAGCACUGUAUGGCAAUGUAUAUAUGUAUUUUUUACCGAAUUAUGUAUAUUGAUAAUAAAUUAUUUUAGGAUACUUAAAUAA